AUGAAAAUACCAGUAAAAAAGAAAGACAGGGGAUCAGUUACUAUUCCUUGCACAAUUGGUGAUCGAAAAUUCAAGAAGGCUCUAAUUGACGUAGGAGCGAGUGUAAGUUUGAUGCCACUGUCCAUCUAUAAGAAAUUAGGCAUCGGUUCUGUUCAAGAUACUCAAAUGACCCUUCAGUUUGCAGAUCGCUCUGUUCGGCAACCCUAUGGUAUUGUGGAAGAUGUUCUUGUAAAAAUUGACAAGUUCUAUGUAUGGGAUGAUCCAUUCCUUUACAAAAAGGGAUUAGAUGGUCUAGUCAGGAGAUGUGUUCCAGAGGAAGAGCAGAGGGACAUCUUAAAAGCCUGUCAUAACUCCGAAUAUGGAGGACAUUUCAGCAGAGACAAAACCGCAGCCAAAGUCCUCAAAUCUUGA